UUAAUAAUUUAACAAAAACAAACAAUGUCGGACUCAAUUAUUAACGAACCAUCUAUCCACGAAGUGUUUGUAAAAUCAAAUAUUUCUUUCUCUUCUGAAGAUCCACCAAGAGAAGAAUGGUCAUCAUUGGAGUCCGCAUCUAUUGAACUUAGCCCAAAGAUGAUACUUUUCAAAGAGGGCAAAUACCAACCUGGAAGUGGAGAAAUAUGCACAAAGUAUAUACCGAUGUCAGAUAGUUCUAUUUUAAGGCAUCCAUAUUACGCCUAUCCAUCUGUUGUUAACCCUGGAAUUUUAGAGGCGCUGUUGGAACCAGAGAAACGAAAAUCCUAUCCACUGGACGGUCAAGAAUUGUACUUACAAGUUUGUGAGGAGAUGAAAUUAAUCCCAGUUCGAUAUUUUCACCGCGGUUUGUUGCAGCAUACUAUCGACCUGAAAUACUAUGGUUUAAGUCAACCAAGCAUAUGGGCAAUGUGCAUAGCACUUGAUGUCAAUCCCCAUGUUGUACGCUUAGACCUCACGUCAAAUUUUUUGGACGAUGACGCCUGUUAUCACCUUGGUCAAUUACUUGGUGAAAAUAUGACAAUUACAGAACUUGUACUAUCGGGAUGCAGAAUUAAUUCUAGUGGCACGAAGAGACUCGUCGCGAAACUACACAAACGUAUGAUGCAAGUUUUGGAUUUAUCUAAAAACAAUAUUGGAGAUGAGGGCUUUAAAUAUCUGGCCGAUCAAUUUGUUUUAGGGGCGAUUGUAAAAAGGUUAAAUUUAAGCUACAAUGAUUUGGGGAUUGAAUCUGCCUUGGUAUUUGCUGGAGUUUUGGAAGUCAAUAAUAAAAUUACUCAUCUUGAUCUCUCAUGGAAUAAAUUUUCAACAUUAAAAGGCACAAAUGACCUUCUAGAUAAACUGGGCGAUAGCAAGGUGCUUGUGGAAUUAAACAUGUCUUGGAACGCGCUUAAAGUUAAUAAAGUUUUUACGAAAUUGCUAUCUAGCCGUAACCUUAAAUUACUUGACCUAAGUAACAACAGCUUAUCAGGUACAGCUGCAAAGGUUAUAUCAACUUCACUAUUAAAAGCUAGACGACUUCAUACACUCGACCUAUCCUGCAACCCACUCAGUCCCAGUGAUGCGUUGAAGAUUCUAACAACCUUGAGAAAGCCAACUGUAAAAUUACUUAAUUUGCAUAUAGACAAUAUUACCGUGGAUUUGGAGUUUCUUAAGGAAAAAGAAGAAAUAUUACAACUACCUUAUAGGAAAAAUACAAAAGUUUCACACGGCGAAGUGCUACACAAUUACACGGUUUCAUUACCAGAUAUACGACCCCUUAUAAUGAAAAGAAUGGACUAUCUCACACAAAAGGGGAAGAAAACUAAGCUGGAUAUCGCGCUUUACUUCUUACAACUUCGAAAAUCAGUUGAUAUAGUUCAACCGCGGGAUAUCCUACGGGACCUGAAGCUCGCGGGGACUCCUGUCGACGAAGACCUGGUCAACCAGCUCAUCGAUACAUUUCCUGGACCAGUUAUAGAUAAAGGAACGAAGACUAUAAAACUGGAUGGUAUCAUAGAUAUGAUAAAGAGACUAUGGCCAGACAAGAAACUUCCACCUACGCCACCGCCACAGCAAGCACCGGUGGCGGUUGUUAAAAAAGGCCAAAAGAAGUUCAAAUAA